AUGUCAGGGCGGGACGUGUUACCAAUAUUCCCCUCGCGUGCCAAUUUUGUUUUGAUGAAACAACGCAUUGUGGGGGCUACAACCGGGCUCAGUUUAUUAAAACGAAAACGUGAUGCCUUGGAACUGCAUCUACGACAAAUUCUGAGUGAAUUAAAGAAAAAUCAAGAACAAGUUCGAGAUAUAAUGCAAGAAGCUCGUUUCUCGAUGGCGAAAGCAAAAUUCUUAGCCACCGACUUCAAAUCGGUCACCGUGGAACAACCGGACAGUGCCAAUGCAUUUUUACAUUUGAAAAAUAAUAAAAUUGUCGGCAUGAAUGUUCCCUCUUUCGAGUUGGUUUUGUUGCCUUUUCAAUCCUUACCAUUAACCGGACUUGGAGCUGGUGGUCAACAGGUCGAUGUGGUAAGAGAGAAAUUUCAAGAAGCCUUAAGAAUACUCGUCGCAUUGGCCUCCUUGGAGUAUAAUGCCAAAAUUAUCAGUGAGGCCGUUAAGCUAAAUAAUCGACGUGUCAAUGGUUUGGAGUAUGUGGUACUACCACGCUAUCACAAUACCCUCAAUUAUAUACGCGAUGAAUUGGAUGAAUUUGAACGAGAGGACUUCUAUCGCCUUAAACGUUCUCAGGCCAAGCAGAAUAAAAAGAAAACACAAUUUUCUGCUGAGAUGAAUAAACGCAGUGAAAGUAAAUCGGAAUUGACUCCGUUGGAUAUUGACCUGGCAGAUUGGACAACUAAGCAACCGGAUAUUAAACAAAUGGGCCUAACCGUUGAUCCCACCGUUCCCGUGACGCGUAAAACCUUUGUUAGUUUGCGUGGCAAUACUGUGGUCUUAAUGCCGGAGGAGGAAAUGAAACCCGUUAUCAUUAAGUCUCGACACCAAAAGCCAACCCCAGCCUCCAAGAGUUCAACCAAAUUGCCAGAUUCGAAAAAUGUUGUUACUGCCUCACCCUCUUCAUCGGAAGAAUCCCUGCAAUAG